GUGUCUGUAACAAGGCCAAACUUUCAAGGGAUCGGCUAUGAUUUAUGCUGCCAAACCACACCUCCCACCAUGAGUUCUGGAUUUGACAUAAACUCUUGGGUGGAAAGAUUGACUGAGGAGCUGAUAAAAGAUUUUAUAAUGGAUGCUCUGGAUAUAUGGAUGAGAAAAGGAGAGGAGGGCAUACUCAAAGAGGGCAAUCAACACAGUGAUACUGUAAAGAAGAAGGAUGACACAGCAUCAAAUAAACUGUGUUUCAUAGAACAGUGGCAAGAUACUCUCUGCUCUGCAGAUUCUGGGAAGGUUCAAGUUCAGCCCCACGACCCAGACAUUGUUUACAGACUAGUAGAUGCUGCUGUGGAAAAACUGAUGGGCCUUGCAAACAGCGCAACAAUUUACAUCCCUGAAGCACCAAGCUAUAUAAUUGAUGAAGAGAGUGUCAAAGCUUAUGGACGGAUAAUGUACGAAUUCAUCUCUGAGAUACUUCAUGAGGUUUUGGCUGAUCACUUUGGGAUUACAAGAUCCAUGUGGCAGACAGAGAAUAUACUCUCAAGUCUCCAAUCAAGUAGAAUCUCUCUCACGGACCUGAAGGUUGCUGUAAAAUCUGAGAUGCAGAAAGAGCUCAACUUGGAACAGACUGACCUUCAAAUGAAAGAGAGGUUCCUGACAUUGUGCAAAUACAGAAGUGCCAAGAGGGACAGAGUUGACUACAUCCUGACCCAAGAGCUUCACAGAGAAGAACUUCAGUGGGUGGACUACAGUGAUGACCAGAUUACAGUUAAGAUGAAGCUGACAGAGGAGAUUUUUCAUUUUCUUCUAGAUGACACUAUUUCAAUUCUUAAACACAUCUGCAUGACACCAUUCUUUUGAACCUAAGAAAGAAUGAUUCUGUUCCUUUAUUAUUUUUAGAUCUAUAGAUGUAUAUCAUAUAUCAUAAAAUGUUCAAACGCUUUAAAUUCCAUUCAACAUAAUUUUGUCUGGCAACUUGGUUUGACUUGAUUUGUAAUUUCAUUGAGCAAUAAAAGAAAAUCCAUAUUGGAAUUAUGUCUAAAUAUUUUUACUGAUUAACAUUCCUUAUAUUUAGGCCUAUCAAACAACAUGCACAUAACCUCUCAUAAUCAUUUAAAUAAAAAGAACUAUGAUGGUCAAUAUAUUCCUAUUAAGUAAUGAAACCCCAUGCAAAAUGUUGACAUUGUGUAGCUGACAGAAAAGUUAAUGCUUUAUGUGAUGUAAUAUGAUUUUUAGCAUAAUUUAGCAUAUAUAAAUGUUCUUAUUACUUUACAGUAAAUGGCAAAUUAACAAUUUUCUCUGUAACGUAAGAAAAAAUAAAAUAUAUCUGCAAGCGGAAA